AUGAACGCCGAGACCUGCGUCUCAUACAGCGAUAUGACAUCCAUGGAUUCAUAUUAUAGCCCCUCUGCUGCGCAAGGUAGGGAUCACCAGACGGACCACUUUAGGACAUUCCCAGCUACUGACACCAAAUACAGCCCCACCGCCUUCCUGUCCAACAAAGGUCAGGCUUACGGAGAAAAGUCUCGGAGCCCCUUCCAGCAGGAGUGCCAGUCAUUGGAUGCCGCCGCAGCUGGGCAAGGCUCUUUUAGCAAAUACCACCUCUUCAUGCAGAGGUCCUCUUGCAAAACACCCCCCGAUGAGGACAAGCUGCACCAGGAAAGAGGACACAACGGAGCGCUCAUCCCGUGCUAUGGUAAAGACAGCUCAGGUCUGACAGACUCAGAUUUGGCGCCGGAUUCAGACCCAUCUGGAAUGGACACCAGAUAUCUGGCUGUGAAAGAUCAAGGUGUCAAGACGGCCUCUGAUAGGUCGCCAGGCACCGACUUAGCGAGCCCCCUGGACAAGGCUGAUGGUGGAGAAAGCAACAAGGGCAAAAAGAGACGCAACCGCACCACCUUCACAAGCUACCAGCUGGAAGAGCUAGAGAAGGUUUUCCAGAAGACCCACUACCCUGAUGUUUAUGCCAGGGAGCAGCUAGCACUGAGGACUGACCUGACUGAAGCUCGUGUGCAGGUGUGGUUCCAGAACCGGAGAGCGAAAUGGAGAAAGAGGGAGCGCUUUGGCCAAAUGCAGCAGGUCCGGACUCAUUUCUCAACUGCUUAUGAGCUGCCUCUUCUAACGCGUCCUGAGAACUAUGCACAGAUCCAGAACCCUUCCUGGAUCGGAGGCAGCAGUGCAGCAUCACCUGUCCCUGGCUGUGUUGUGCCCUGCGACACCAUAAGUCCCUGUAUGACACCUCACCCUCACUCUGCCAGUGGGGUGUCUGAUUUCCUGGGUGUGCCAAGCCCCGGAGGGCACGUGGGACAGCCUCACAUGGGAAGCCUGUUUGGAGGAUCUCCUGGCAUGGCUGGAGGCAUCAACACUUACGAUCUCAACAUGGACCCUGACCGCAAGUCUUCCAGUAUUGCCGCUCUGCGCAUGAAAGCCAAAGAGCACAGUGCAGCCAUAUCUUGGGCAACAUGAUGUGUUGAUACAUGCUGUAUGGGGGACCUUGCUUACCUCCAAGAUGUCUACACAAACCCAGCAUGGAAUGAGGGGGCACUUAAAUCUAAACUCUACAGACAAGAGUGACUACUUUAAAAAAAUGCUGCAAUUAUGUAAUGAGAAAAGAGAUUUGACUAAAUAAGUGAUGCCUUUUUUCAGUGCCUCUGCUGGGAGACAGCGAUCAGUGAGUAAACCUGUUGGGAGGUGACGCUGUACUGUAUAGCAAGAGUUGUAGUGUAGCACAGAAGGUGGGCACAAGAAAGAAAAAAAUAAGUGUUUCAAACAAAUGCAUGCACUUAUUUCUUCAACUAUAGCAACUUGUGUUUGUACAGUGCUUUCAGUGUCUGUGGUUUUUGGUUUGGUGCGGUUUUAUUCUUACUUUAUUAUUUAAUUUUUAAAGUAUUAUUCAUUUUCUCUCCAAAUCCUUUUGUCAGUAGUUUUGACUUUACAAAUAGCUCAGCAAACAUCCUUAAAGUACUGAAAAUUUAGAUUGUUUUACGCCACAAACAUGUUAUUCUAGAGAGUGAUGUUUAUCAUGACUAGCUGAAGUUAUGCUGGUGCUAAGAAAAAGAUUCAGAAAACUAUCCAGCAUAUCCAUCACAGCAAGGAACUUCUCGCCUUCAACACAAAUGUUAAAAUAACUAGCACUGCAUGUGAGUUUCAGCAAAUGAAAACUGCUCUUUCACAUUUAAAAGUCAAGUAGAUGAAAUGUGGUUUCCUUAAGUGUUGUUAGGGCAAGAGAUCCACCUGCUGCACUGGUUAAGCCUGCUGAUGCCCACAGAGAUGAAGAUAUGGCGGAGGAAGGGGGAGAGGUGCACAGCAGGCCUGCUGCUCUCUGAGCUGGAGAGCCUGGGAGCGCCAGUUUUCAAACAGACACAGCUCUGUUUUUAAGAGGACAUUCUCCAAGUGGACACAACUGUGGCCCCUUGCAUUUUUAGUCUCACAGGCUUCAGAGAAAGAAGUACCUACUAGUCGGUUGGACUGCCAGAAAUAACACAGAAACCAGCAGAAGCCUCCUUUGAAACAAAGGAUCUGGUGGGGAUUACAUGCAGUGUGUUAACACUUUUAAGCACUGAAAGGAUGUCAGUGUUCACCAGCCUUUUCUGGACUGUGCGUGGCGGCAUUUGGUUGUCAAAGCAGUCUAGUCAUCAAGCAGCAGUUUAUGUGCCUCUCUAGUUGUUUCUUCUUCCUUAAGGAAGCAAUUGGCUAGAUUAUUGGGUGCUUACUGUUGUAACCUCUGUUUUCUCAUCCAUCUUCAGAAUUUCAAAAGUCUUGCCUUAUCAAAAACAACCAAACAGUAAUUAUUUUGAAAUUACUUUGAGAUUCCACAACAUUAGUCGUCAGUUAAUUUUGGGGAAUCAAAGUGUUAAAUCUUGUUCCACAACAUUAACAAUUUAAAUUUAUAUUAUAAAUUUAAUAAGCAGGAAACCACCAUGUAGAACAGCUGAGAUUAGGUAGUAUUCUAUCACAAUGUACCGAGUGGUUGCUGAAUUUCUGGUUAAACUGCAGUGACUAUUCUUACUAAAGUGAGGUGCUCCUGAAAGGAAUUUCAUACAGUAUAAAUGCUUAACGUACCCUGACAUACAGUGCUAGUCUGAUUUGUAGUCACUGAACUUUAAGCACAAAAUUUACGUUUAUUCCAAAAAAAAAAAAAAAAAAAAUGCAAGUAAACCAAUUUUGUUAAUUCAGAAUAUUAUAAUAAAAUAUAUGAAUAUAUUGUGCAACAGUAACAACAAGAAAAUGCUUCAAGUGAAUAAAAGAAAAUAAAUUAAGGUUGCAAAAGCCUGGACAGUAAGAACAGUCUCUAAAUCUUGCAACCAUCUAGAAUCUUCUUGUACCUCUGCCACUACUGUGUGUUCAGGUAAUUUGAAGUUUGCACAAGUCAUUUUUUCAAGGUAGAUUUCAGUUUUUCUCCAACUGGUUUCAAUGGGACUGAGAUCAAGACUCAAUUGUUGGCUUCACACAAAGAGGUCUGCUUUGGUUUCCUCUGUCCAUAGAACAUUACAGAAAGACUUUGGCUUACGUAUGAAAGGAGGCCAUAUCAAAUGAGUCUGCAUCACAGUGUUCUCGCUGAAAACACCACUUUGUAGACUUCUCUCACUAAGUUUCUUCUUAUUGCCACACUCUUGAAGCAUCCACAUGAAUUUAAUGUAACACAGCAAAUAUAACACUCUGCUAAAAACUCUAAGCUGUACUGAGUUUUCAAAGUUCAGAUUUUUUUCAGCCAGCUCUGUUGUCUCCACCACUAAGAAAUACAGUAAAACUGUCAUUAAUUCUGUCAAAGAUACAUGAAGUAGUUUUUUUUUUUUCACAUUUUAAGUUGUUAAAUAGCUUGUUAUUGAAAUAUUCUGAUGAUAUAAAAUUGGUUUUCCUGGAAUUUACGUCUGUAUGUUUAAAAUGCUGUUCAUACAAUUCAGUCUACCAAUAAUCAUAGCAAACAUUAGAGGUUCCCAGUAAAAAUGGUUAAAAAUAGUUUGAAAACUUUGAGGAUACAAUAUUUGUGUAUGCCCCAGAGUGUCGACAUAAAAACGUGGGUUAAAUCAACAAAACCUCAGACUUAACAUACUUUUCUUCUUUUUUAUGGGGGCUGGGGACAAUUUAAA